AUGCGCGGACAUCGCGGACUUGCUGUGGCAAAGAAUAUUCUCAACCUUGACCUCAGGCGCUUGAUAUUGGAACACGCCCGUGUGCAUGAAAGUGACCUGUCCCUGAUGAGUUUCAAAAGGAGCUGGAAAAGUCGGUCUCUUUCUUUCAUCCACAACUGUCGACUGCUCGAGCAUUCUGUUGGACGCCAUAUUCAGAACUUAUACGACGCUGCGUUGUCUCAUGUUUUUCGGAACGGCGCGAGCCUCGAAGAACGCGUCGCUGGCUUGUUCGCAAUCUAUUUUGUUUACUUCACACAGCACACGACCCCUCGAGUCCGUAUACAAUUGUCGAGAACACACCUCGAGGGACUAUCUUCAUUCAUCGGGCAUUUGAAGAAACUAUCGCGGGCUGAGGAUGCGAUAUUUGUUGUGAAACUAUUGAGCCAAGAAGAUGCAUUUACGUUUGGAAUGUUGAUGCGCAAAGAAAUUAAUUUGGUUUCCUUCAAACAACAGGAUGCGAUACUAGAGAGAACGCGCAAGCAAAAUAUUAGUUAUCGCAAGGACAAAGUAAGCCGAGUACAUAAGGUUGCUUCACACAUCAUUGUGAAUGGUUUGUCAACUGGUAGCUCACGAGUAAAAAAUGCCUCGCGUAUAGGUUUGGACAGACUGCGCAAUACUCGUAUCCCGAACACAUUUCCUCACAUUUGCAAGGCUUCUGAAGCCUAUUUAGAAAUCUGGCGAUCGUUAAAAGAUGCGAAUUUGAAACAUUUACAAGCAGAUCUUGAAUCCUCGGAUCGCACAAAAGGAGUGCAUGAGGUUAUUGCUAGACAGCUUCUCAAAAAUGAUGAAAAGCUCCUGUUCUUGCUAAAGUAG